UAAGGAAAAGAAUAAAAAGAAAGAAAAGAAACCCUUCUUUCUGUGCGUUGAAUUUGUUUUUCUGUUAUUAUUAAAUCAUGCCAUAACCACUCCAUUUCUUUGCUAUUUCAAAUUUUCAAGUUCUAGAACUUUAAAAAAAUAAAAAAAAAAAAUGAUAGAGCCAUCCUAUCAUUGAACCAGCCCAAGUUAAAUAACAUCAACUCCUCCAACUCCAUCAAACGUCCCACGUUAUAUCUAUAAAAUAUGACGAUCAUAAUAAUUAACAAAUAUGAACAGAGGGAUUUCAACAACGACAGAUCCACCAACCUUCUCACCAAAAACCACAGUAGCUUCUCUGUCAAUGUCAAUCCCCCUAGCCUUUGCUUCCUUCCUAAGAGCAACAAAUUCAAUCAACCCAUAAGCUCCUCCCCUACUCAUUUUGCUGUCUGAAUCUCAUUGGUCAAAAUGUUUGGGUGGGCCUCACCCAAUCCCCAUGAGUUGGAUGAUGUAGAGAUGUGAUGCUGGACCUCACCUCUGUUACUGUAGUCCCGAUCCCACCUGAAAAUCUCCCUUCUCCCACUCAUCAGCAAACUCAAUUGCCCGUCUCCUUAUUAGUCUCUGUUUUAGGAGAACAGGGGAAAACAGUUCUGUUUCUCUCUUAUGCUGAGAAAAACAGAACCUCGAAGAAGAAGAAGAAGAAGAAGAACACAUCCUCUCCUCCUCCUCCUCCUCCUCGUCCUCAUCCGAAGUACUUAAGCAACACAAGAAAUUACCAAUACAUAUCAUCUGCCCGAAUUUUGAAUCGGGAAAAAGAAUGGGUCCUAGGACUCAAUUCCCGGUGAACACAAAGGUGAUCCUCCUCAGCUGCCUCUUCCUCUUCCUCCUCCUCCUCAUCAUCCGGACUAGCUUCCCUUCCAAUUCCCAGCAAGUCUCGGUCCCUUCCCUCGUCUCAAACGCGUCGAGCAAUGGCCCAUCGGAGUCAUCCUCCGAUGGACAGAACCUUGCUUGCCCCACUCUUACUGCGGAGCCCACCUGCACCAAGACCCCGCCGUCCCUCGCCAAUGCCCUGGUCCACUACGUGACCACGAACAUCACUCCGCAGCAGACGUUCCCGGAGAUCUCGGUCUCCCUCAGGGUCCUCCAGAGGAAGAGCCCCUGCAACUUUCUCGUAUUUGGUCUCGGCCGCGACAGCCUAAUGUGGGCUGCCCUCAACCACGGUGGCCGUACUGUGUUCCUUGAGGAGGACCGGGCCUGGAUUGAGCAGAUCACUGAGAAGCACCCGCACCUGGAGGCCUUCCACGUGGCCUACGACACCAGGGUCCACCAGGCCGACAAGCUGCUGAAGGCCGCUGAUAGAGAGGACUGCAGGACCGUCACUGACCCGAGGUUCUCCAAGUGCGAACUCGCCCACAAGGGGUUCCCGAAUGAGGUGUACGACGUGGAGUGGGACCUGAUCAUGGUGGAUGCUCCCACGGGGUACCAUGACGAAGCCCCCGGGAGGAUGACUGCGAUAUACACGGCGGGGCUGAUGGCGAGGAACCGGGAGACCGGGGAGACGGACGUGUUUGUUCACGAUGUGGACAGGGUUGUGGAGGAUAAGUUCUCUAAGGGUCUGCUCUGCGAGGGCUACCUGACGGAGCAGGAAGGGAGGAUAAGGCACUUCACCGUCCCGAGCCACCGGGCUCGCCUCGGCAGGCCCUUCUGUCCUCCCUAAACCAACGGGAUGGGGGAUGCAGAGGUUUCUGUCCAUUAAUUCAGAUUGUCAUUCUCUUCCAGGAUGAUACUUUGUUUUUUUCUUCAGCAUGACUGAGUACUCGGUUUAUGAGGUUAAGGAAGCAAACGAAAAAAAAAAAAAAGGAGAGAGAAGAAAAUGUUCUUGGUUUAUUUUUCUCAUGAUGUCAUUAUUAUUUUCCUCCUUGUCGUUUACGAGGUUUCGACUAGUAAAGGAAUAGAGAGAGAAAAUAAAAAGGGUACGCAGAAUUCUAACUAUUUGGAAAGUCUUGAUUUCAGAAGAUAGCUUGUAUUAUUGCAUUAUAUA